CCUGUCGAGCAGCUUGUCUGUUUGGCCGGGUUUCUCUUCUUGAACAUAGCUUUACUCUUCGUCGCUUCUUUGCUUUUCCAUUCGUUCUUGCCGUUUGGCACCUUCUUCUUCCGAGGGAUGGGUUCACAUGUUGCAUCUUCCUCCCAUGAAUGAACAAAAUAUGGGUUAUCGUUUCUUGGUUCCUGGUUUCUGGUUAUUGGUCGGCGUAUGGAGCCUUGCUUGCUUGCUUGGCUGGCUUGCCUGUCCUUUCUUUCCUCCUUUCUAGACGAUCGCUCUCACAGAGGAAAUGGACCAUUGGUGGUACAUCUGGAACAUGGGAAAUAGAACACUUGGUCGAAAGGAAAAACAUCAACUUACGACUCCCCCUCGCUAGAACAAUAAAUGUAUACGUACAUAGAUAUCCAACACCCCCCUCCCUGUUCAUCCAUCACCACUCCCAUCGGCGGCAGCAGGUCCGCAUCCUGUCAAAUGGAAAUUGCUGUGUAUGGCUGUGAUGUGAUGCGACAUGACUUUGCGUGUUUGGCGAACGGAACGGAACUGACCAUGCUCAUCCCAUGGUAUGGAUCUCCCUUGUUUAGAGGGGGGUUGAUAUGGGGUGAGGCCGUGGGCGGGAAAGGGGGUCGAAUAUCAAGGUACUCG